ACAUUUGCUGUUCAAUAGAUAUUACAUAUCAUUGUCUGCAGGUAGACCAAGGUACGACUUUUAGGUCAGCUUUUAUUUACCUGAUGCCUGUACAUACAUGGUAGCUCUGUGUGGUGACCGGACUUGGUGGACAUUGGAUAAUUUAGACUAUUCUAGAAGUCUUUCUCCAUCAUCUCAUGUUUGCAAAGUGAUCCCUACCCGACCAACAUGAAGUACCUUGCACUAGCCGGCGGUGCUGCCUUGGCAUCUGUGGCCGGAACAUACAUCCUUGCACCCUGGUUGAAGAAGGACCUGUCCUAUAUCUACACCUGUAUGAAGCUUGUCAAAGCGCUCCUGGGCUAUGCAAAGAAGAAGGUUUUUGUCAUCGAUGUAUUUGAGGCGACGGCCAAGAAACAUCCUAAAAAGACAAUGAUUUGGUUUGAAGGGAAAGCUUAUAGCUAUGAAACUGUGAACCAGCAAGCUAAUCGUGUUGCCCACUUUGCUGAGGAGAUCGGACUAAAGACAGGAGAUACGGUAGCGAUGAUGGUCUAUAACUCACCUGAGUUCAUUUGGACAAUAUUUGGAUUCUACAAACUUGGUAUCAAGGUAGCUCUCAUCAACACCAACAUCCGAUCCAAGUCACUUUGGCAUUGCCUUUCCAUUAGUGAUGCAAACAACCUAAUCAUUGGAGAAGGGUUGCUUGAUGCAUUGGAAAGUGUGUCUGAUGAUAUCAAAUCGGCUGGUAUGGAUGUUUGGAUACAGGGUAAGGAUGUACCUUCCCUGUACCAUGCCAUGGACGAGGUGAUGGAGAGAGUCGGUGACAACCCUAUUGACCCUGCGGUCAGGAAGGACAUUGGUAUCAGAGACCCUGCUUACUACAUCUACACCUCGGGAACAACAGGUCUACCAAAAGCUGCUGUCGUUACCCAUCGUCGAUUGGUAGGUGGAGUUGCCGUCAUUCCUGAAGUAGCUCCAAUGAAACAUGAUGACAUUCUCUAUGUUCCACUGCCAUUGUACCAUGGUUCUGCUCUUGCGUUUGGCCUCGGUGGUGUGAUACGUCAGGGCUCCACAAUGGUCCUCCGUAAGAGAUUCUCUGCCUCACAAUUCUGGGAUGACUGUCGUAAAUAUGAUGUCACUGUCAUCCUUUACAUUGGUGAACUGUUGCGAUAUCUGACUAACAGACCCAAGCAAGCCAGUGACAAAGAACACAAGGUCCGCUGUGCCUUUGGUAAUGGCCUCCGUCCAGAGGUGUGGGUUGAAUUCCAGGAGAGGUUUGGUGUCCGUGACAUCAGAGAAAUGUAUGCAGCAACUGAAGGAACUGGAUUCUUUGCUAACAUGGGUAAUGUCGUUGGAUCCAUUGGUAGAGCAUCUCCUAUAUUUCGAUUAAUCUACCCAUUCCGUUUCCUCAAGUUUGAUGUUGAGAACGAGACUGCCUAUCGUGGACCUGAUGGGAGAUGUGUAGAUGCUAAAUGUGGUGAAGUUGGUCUGUUUGUAUCUGGAAUUAACGAUGGACGGAUGGAGUUUGACGGCUACAAGGGAAGGAAAGAAUUGAACGAGAAGAAGAUUCUCCGCAACUGUUUCAAAGACGGUGAUGCAUUCUUCGACUCUGGAGAUCUCAUGUUAGUUGAUAACAUGUACAAUGUUUUCUUCAAGGAUCGUGUUGGAGACACAUUUAGGUGGAAAGGUGAGAACGUCUCCACCACUGAGGUAGCCACUGUCUUAUCUGAUGGAGAAGAUUCCAUCUUUCAUGUAAAUGUCUAUGGGGUAGAAGUCCCUGGAGGAGAUGGUCGAGCUGGCAUGGCAGCCAUGACGAUGAACCAAGACUUUGAAGUAACAGACACACUGCUGAAUAAUCUAUACAAGAAAGUCACCGAUUAUCUCCCAGUUUAUGCGAGGCCGUUGUUCAUUCGAGUUCAAACUGAGAUUCAGCAGACGUCAACCUUCAAGUACAUCAAGGGCAACCUUCAACGGGAGGGUUUCAAUCCUGAGAUCAUCAAGGAACCACUCUAUUUGCUCGACACGAAGACUAAGACUUAUACUCCACUGACUGCGGAACUUUUCAAAAAGAUUGAAUCUGGGGACAUCAGACUUUGAAUAGGAGAAAUCUACCGAACAAUUUUCUGACCAAAAGCUUAUUCAUCUCGGUGCUAUUAUGGAUUAUUUUGUUCCUCCGUAUUAUACUAAAACCAUCUCACUGCUAGGGCCAUAGCAAAAACUGUGAUAACUAUGUGCAAACCUCAGAUAAAUGACAGUUGUUUGAAGGUAGCAGGGAUAUUUCUGUUAGAUUUCCAUAACUAUUCACCAUUUUUGUGCUAGCUAAUUUUAAUGAAUAAAA